AUGUUAUCAUUAGCUUUUCAGAUUCCCCCGAAUUGGAGUUGGUUAUGGAAUUUUGUUGCUCUGUUUCUGUUCCGCUAUGUGAGGCUAUGGGCCAAUCUGGUCGCAUACUAUAACGACAGGGCCACCCAGCCUGUAGAAGAGCCCACUCUGUCCUCAGAGGACGUUACCGUCAUCAUUCCUACCGUUGCCGAAGACAUGCCACAAGUAAAAGAGACACUUGAGACAGCUUGGAGGCUAGAGCCUUCUGAAAUCAUCCUCGUCACGCCUGAUUCACGGAUCAAGCGCCUAUAUCAGAUGGUUGAGGAGAUGGGCUCUCCCAAAAAAAUCCGUGUGCUAUCUGUCAGCCAGGCCAACAAGCGCCGACAGCUAUCUCGAGCCAUCCCGGAGGUCAUGACGAAGAUUACACUGCUCCUGGAUGAUGAUGUAUGGCUUCCGGAGAAGUUCUUGAAGUGGAUAUUAGCACCAUUUGAAGAUGCGCAAGUCGGCGGCGUGGGGACAAACCAAAUCCUCCGCCGGAAUGACCGCUCGAAUAUCUGGGAGUUCCUCGGCGCGAUAUACUUGGUCCGCCGAAACUUCGACUGCACAGCGUGCAACUGGAUGGAUGGAGGACUUCCGUGUCUGUCCGGAAGAGCCGUGGCUUAUCGAACCGAGAUCUUGCAGGACCCGAACUUCACCUACGGCUUCACCCACGAGACGUGGGGCAGCGACCACUUCCUAAAUGCUGAUGACGACAACUUCAUCACCCGGUGGUUGUUCUCGCACGGGUGGAAGAUCCAGUUCCAGCACCAUCGCGAGUGCGAGGUGGAGACGACGCUGGAGAACGACUCGAAAUAUCUAAGGCAAUGCUUGCGCUGGGUGCGCAGCAAUUGGAGAAGUAAUCUAACCAGCCUGAGCGAGCUGCAUAUGUGGAAGAAUUAUCCGUGGUCUCUGUACGCCGUCUUCCAGACGACCGUCACGCAAUGGGCGUUCCUCUACGACUGCCUCUUAUUCGCCUGCUUUUACUUUGCGUUAUCUGAACUUGGGUACUCUGACUGGCGGUGCGAGCUGCUCUGGGCCUUGUUCCUCGGUCACUAUGUCUUCUCCAAGACGAUCAAGCUUAUGCCGCAUUUGUUAAGAAACCCGGGCGAUGUUCGCUUCGUCCCCGUUUCGGUCCUUUUUGGGUACUUCCACAAUUUGAUCAAGCUGUACGGCUGCAUUACCGUCACAGAGACAACCUGGGGCACGCGUGAAGGAGCAGACACGGACGAUAAUAUCAGAAUGAUUCCGAUCCCAAACAUGUGCACAAUCACGCCUCCACUAACACCACCGCCACCAGCAGGGCCUGUGCUCCGCGAGCGAGGCGCCGUUCCGAUGCCGAAUGUUGUGAGUUGA